AGGCGCUACUACCGUCCUGGAGCGGACCAUGACACGCUCACCCGUGCUCUUCCCGCUGCUGCUUCUGCUGCUGCCGCCGGUAGCCCCAGGCCUCGGGCUCCUCCGCGCGGGCGGCCGGCGCCCAGAGUGCGGUCCGUGCCGGCCAGAGCACUGUCCCGCGCCCGCGCGCUGCCCGGCGCCCGGCAUUCCGGCGCGCGAUGAGUGCGGCUGCUGCGCGCGCUGCCUGGGCGGGGAGGGUGCGAGCUGCGGAGGCCCAGCUGGCGCGCGCUGUGGCCCCGAGCUCGUGUGCGCCAGCCGAGCCGCUGGGGCGGCGCCCGAGGGCACCGGGCUCUGCGUGUGCGCGCAGCGCGGCGCCGUCUGCGGUUCCGACGGCCGCUCUUAUCCCAGCGUCUGCGCACUGCGCCUGCGCGCCCGGCACGCGCCGCGCGCGCACCCAAGCCACCUGCACAAGGUGCACGACGGCCCCUGUGUAUUUGCUCCUGUGGUCGUCAUCCCACCACGAAGUGUUCACAACGUCACCGGGGCACAGGCGCACCUGUCCUGUGAGGUGAGGGCUGCACCGCCCCCAGUCAUCACGUGGAGGAAGGUCACACAGUCUCCCGAGGGCACCCAGGUGCUAGAGGACCUGCCUGGGGACCAUGUGAACAUAGCUGUCCAGGUGCGAGGGGGGCCCUCUGACCACGAGGCCACAGCCUGGAUUUUGAUCAGCCCUCUGAGGAAGGAGGACGAGGGGGUGUACCAGUGCCACUCGGCCAACGCGCUGGGGGAGGCCCAGUCCCGUGGCACGGUGACAGUUAGUGACCCGCAUAUGUACAAACUCCUUCGUGGCCCAGCUCCGGAUGACCGCAUGUGACAGAGGUCUCAGAAACGCAGAUCGCAGGACGACGACGAAGUCAAGUCCUGCGUCGUUUUGCUCCAGGGCAAGUUAGAGAAACCGUGUUUGUAGAAGACCCCUUUUGUAUGUUUUUCAAAGUUAGAUGCAAACUAGAUUCACAUACAGAUAUGGUUUUUAGCAGGGCAAACGCUGGGGAAAUGGCCUGCAUGUGGUUUUUUAUACUUUAGAAAUGAAUUGCUCCAUCAGAACUCUUUUUCUGACUGCUCCCCGGGGAAGAUCACGGCGUGGCACACUGGGAACUCGGAAGGGCUGCACGGGGCACGCGGCAGCUGCGACUCUACCUCAUUCGUCUGCGGCUGAUCGGUGGGGCUCUGUGACUGAGUGACUGUGUGUUGUAGCAGGGAGGAGGGGGCCCUGCUGUCCCCCACCUGACCUCUGACUUGCUGUGUGACCUGGACAGGUCCUUUCCCUCGCUGGGUCUUGGUCUCGUCACCUGUGAAUGUGGCAUUUGGACUGGAGGUUACCUGUGGCCCUUCCAACCUUGCAUGCUGGAGUAGGAUGGCCUUGUGGACGAAAUGCGGGAAGUGUGGUCUGAGCGUCCUUUUUAAACUGGUGCUUCCUCGAAAACAAAGGCUAUUGCUUCAUACUUGGGUACAGACAGCUGGCCGUAGCUCCUCUCUCUCUGCUGGUUUCUCGUCUUAAAGGAACACUUUACCCGACUCAGGGGCCCCGUGGCUGGGCGUCUGGGGACCAAGAUGUCCACUUGCGAACAAGCCCAGCAUUCCCUCACCCAGUAGGCAGUGGAGACCCGGCCGCGCUCCCUCUGGGGGAUGCAACAGAGUGUGGCAGAACAUGUUCUGUGUAGAAAUGUUUUGACCUCAACCAGGAAUGAGGCUUUCUUUCUUUUUUAAUGAGGAAAGAAAGAAGGAAAAUAUUUGAUAUCUGGGAUUUAAAAAAAUAGAUAUCCUAGGGAAUUAACAUUUUUAAAAUUGGGAUCGCACGUGCGGAUAGUCCUUAAGCCAUCCGUGGUCACUCCCCGCUCCUGGGGAGCAGGGAGGGCGCGUACUGGUGCACCCCCCCUCCGCAGGUGAAGAAACUAGGCCCCGAGAGUGAAGCGCCUGCCCAAGGUCUGCAGGCCUCUGAGAAGGACCCGCAGAGCUCUUCCCGCUGCGUGGUGCAGCUUCUCGGGACCAUCUCGUAACCACAUAAAGGAAGAUGCGGCCCGUCCCACGGGUUCAAGGGUUCCUGCCCAGGCCCAUCUCUGCUUCUGAAGCACAAGCUCAUGCUGCCCGGAGCCGGCAUGCCAUUUUGGGGUCCAUUUUGGAACUGCAUUCUCCGCCUUUAAGGCUGGCGGUCCCACCUCUGGAAAAUCGGGCAAUGUCACCCUGACACACACUGCACAGCAGGAGAAUGGCCUAGGACUCUAGAGCCACAAGGCCCAUUUGGGACCUCAGUCCUGGCUUGCUGUGCGACUUUGCCCAAGUUCCCUUUGUUUUGUGCACCCCAGCUUCCUCAUUUCAAUAAGCGAGGAAUGAAACUAGGUGGGUGGUUUUCAGACUUAAAAACGUUGGAGCCCCUUCUUUGAAUACAAUUAGAAUUAAAACUGAUCCAGGUGGAAGCUCUUUCUGUUUGGAGGCUGGAGCUGCUGGGGGUCCUGCUCACAGCCCCUCUCCACUCAGCACCCCCUACCUCUCUCACGGGUGGGCAGACACUCAGGAGAACUAGGGACGCUGAGGCCCCAGGGAAGGUAGCAGAACAGCGUGCAUCUGCGAAGACACUUAACAAAAUCAGUUGCAUCCCCUCAGAUCUGCCUGCUCAAAAUUGGAGAGCUGGGUGCAGACCCAGAGAGCAGAGUGGACGGAGCCGAGCAUGAAGACAGCUCGAGGCUGGGUUUACCGUCGUAAUUACGUGCAAAAAUAACAUAAAUGUUACUGUCUGACAUGUUCACCAAAACCAAAAACGUGAUUGCCCCACCUUAACGACGUCUCAGCGGUGAGAGUCCCCGGGCCUCUGCGCAGGCUGAAGGAACGUGUGCUGUGGCUGGUACCGUCUGGAAACACGAUUCCCCAGAGAACCUGUGUGCCACCCUGCUUUCACAGAGGAGAUGACGUCCCAUGACCCUGCCCCCCCUCCCACAAUAAAUGUU